ACAAACUACACUGGGGAAUGUAUUUGCACGUCCGCUAGCCGACUCCAGUGCAAGGGCCAAAGCGAUCACGCGGUCCAUCGCUGUGUAUAUGGCUAAAAACAUGAGCCCAUUUUCAACCGUGGAAAACGAAGGCUUCCAGGACAUGAUAAAAACUUUAGAGCCGAAAUACACGCUGCCGUCCCGCCCCCACUUCAGUCAGAAGGUGAUGCCCGAACUGUACAGGCAAGUCAAAGCUGAUGUUGUUACAGUGCUUGAAAAUGCGGAUAGUGUGGCGAUUACAACAGACGGAUGGACAUCUAGAGCAACGCAAAGUUACCUCACUAUUACUGCUCAUGUGAUCACCCCAGAGUGGAAAAUGGCCAGUUUUGUGCUUCAAACGCGUCCCCUUUUUGAAACCCACACCGGGACAAACAUUGCCCAAGUACUGAGAGAGGCUGUAGCAGAGUGGAAACUAGAUCGACCAAAACAUAGCAUCGCCGUUGUUACUGAUAACGCAAGAAACAUGGACGUUGCCGUGAGAGAGGCUGGACUCGGGCCCCAUAUUAAAUGCUUUGCUCACACCCUGAACCUGGCGACGCAGGCUGGUCUGGCUGUCCCCCGGGUCUCUUGUCUCUUAGGUCGCAUCAGGCGCAUUGUGGCUUUUUUUCACCGCAGCCCUUCUGCAACCGCUGUGUUAACUUCAAAACAAAAGGCGCUUGACCAAGGCAACCAGCACAAGCUUAUUAUGGAUGUUACGACCCGCUGGAACAGCAGUCUGGACAUGGUUGAACGCUAUCUGGAGCAACAGGUCGCGGUUGCAGCAGCUCUUCUCAGCGCGGACAUAAGACGAAAUGCACGUGAAAUCAACACGCUGGACAACUCAGACAUCAGAGAUGCCGAGGACAUUGUGAAACUUUUGAAACCUUUAAAAACAGCCACCACUGUGCUCAGUGAUGAGCACAAUCCCACAGUGUCACUCAUUGUCCCUCUAAAAUACAUGAUUGAGCAAAGCAUGGAAAGUAAUGAAGAAGACUCUGUCACAGUGACGGCAAUGAAGGCAGCUAUACUGAGCAAUCUGUCAGACAGGUAUACAAGGGAAUAAAGCUAUUUGCUGGAGUGUACUGCAGUUGACCCCAGAUUUCGCACCCUACCCAAUCUAGAGGAAAACCAGCGCCAGGAUGUCUUCCACAGGAUCAAGAAUAAAGCUGUGCAGCUACUCAAUCAGUCCAGCCUACAAGAGGACACCAGCAGUGAUGGAGGAGCAGAACCCAGUGCUUCAGAACCUACAGUGGAGGCAGACACUGUGCAGCCACAACCCCCUCCCGCCAAGAAGACAGCCUUAGAAGAUCUUCUAGAAGGGACUUUUGAUUCAACUGUUCAUGCUGCUCCAGACCACAUUCAAAUGGUGGAAACAGAAAUCAACAGGUACAGAAGUGAAGAACCCACACCUCUCAAGAGCUGCCCUCUGGACUGGUGGAAUGAGCAUGGUAGGAACUACCCAAAACUUUCUCCACUUGCAAAGUCAUACCUCACCACACCAGCAACUUCAGUAGCAAGUGAACGAGUCUUCUCAACAGCAGGGGACAUUGUUACUAUGCAAAGAUCUCAACUUUUGCCCGAGAAUGUUGACAUAUUGGUGUUUCUUAAAAAAAAAUAUGCCUAAGAAGAAGCACUAGUCUAUUUUUGAUGAUCUCAACUUCUGUUUCUCCAGCUGCAUUGUGUAAUAGCAAGUUGCAUGCAUGAAUGCAGGCGUUCAAAUGUUAAAAAGUGUUUCAAAAGAAAAGAAAGAUGGACUUGUGUUCACAAAUCUUUAGUACAUCUACAUCCGUUUAUUUUCAUGUUUAGUUCUGGUACUAAAAAGAAGUUGCAGUCUAAUACAAUGUCAAUAUUGCAGAGAAAAAACAUUGGCAUUGAUUAUUACACCGUUAUGUCCUGUAAGUUUUCUUUCUGAGAAAUAGCUGGAGAGUGGAGACUGGAACUAAAUGCAGAUGUUGAAAUAAAAGAAAAACCUUUUGGUAUUAAAAAAGUGUCAUAUUAAUUUUGUAAAUAGGGUUCUAAAAAAGUAAAAAUAAAAUCGAAAAAAAUCGAAAUCGGGAAGUUGAAAUCGAAAAUCGAAUCGAAUCGGGGCUUGAGUGAAUCGUUACAUCC